AUGAACCAGACGGAGUUCAAGGCUUAUAGAGGUGUCAAACCAGUGAAACUCAUCAAAGCGAAAUCUCAGUACAAACUCCUAGUGGAGGAGAAGACCAACCUGGAGACCAGUUAUAGUGCCACCUUUAAAGGAGAGCAGGUCAAACCUCAUGCCACAGACAACAAGCUGUUGGAGCGCCGUCGGAUACGUAGCCUGUAUAGUGAACCAAGCAAAGAGUCCAGCAAGGUGGAGAGGCAUAAUAUAUCACUUUCCAAGCCAAAAAAGACAACAAGCCAUAGCAAAACAAUGAAAAAAUUAAAGGAGAAGCCAAUCGCUGGGAGUCAAGCUGCCAAGAAGAAAACCUCAGUGAGCAACCAGGAGCCAAAGUCAGAGGGAGGGGUCACCAAGAAAAGCAAAGAAAUUAUCAACAGACUAGCUGAGGCAAAAGAUUAAGUGCACUUUUGUGUUUGGGGGGGGCGGGGGGUUGGGUUGAGGAGGCUAUACGGAAUAGAGGACUCUCAUCCCCUUGUUCAUGACCUUACUCUAAUGGCCCGACUCUGAUGGUGUCUUUACCUACGUAUUGUAGUGGAUCAAGGCUUGUCUGCUUGAUUUGUCUUGACUGUGUGGCCACUGUCCAGUCUAUUAUGAAUCUAUCUUUGCUUUUGCCCUGUGUCUGCUCCCUUUCCAUAUACAUCAAUAGCUUUCUCUGUGGCAAAGAUGGUUCAUGGAUCCUUGUUGCAUGCUGCCUCUGAGCAAAUGGCCAAAUGCCUAGUUAUUAUAUAAGAUAAGGUUUUUGCUUUAUCUUGCAUUGAAAAAUAUUUACUGCAAAAAUAAUGGUCUUUUCUUUCAAGCAAUCUAAUUCAAUGUGAUAUGGACUUAAUUUGAAGUAUAUGGACCAUUCUAAUUAGAUGCACCAAUAGCAUUGCUCAUACACUAAGAUGUAAUAUUUGUCACCACACAUUUGGAUUAUAACAGUGUUGUAUUCCUCGCAAACGAUCAGCAAUGAACACAAGAACGUCUUAACAUCUCAAACUGCAUGUUUAAAGGUUGUGUGACAGUGUUACACCUGAAAUUAGCAGUUAGGAGCCUCACACGUCAACAAGAGUACCAUGUUUAACAAAUGAAUAUGAUCCAGCUUCACUUUUAAGAUUAAAAAAAGAGUAUUUCAGAUCUUUCGACAACAGUGCCAGUCAUUUUUAAACAAACUGAGGCAUGGUCUCUCUUAAAAUGUUAUUGUUACCGUGUAGUGUAGAGCAUUAUGCUAUGGAGACAUAUUUACGCUUAGCUUGCUCUGCUCUCAAUAAAGCAACAUUUAGAUGCUAUGUCAUGCUAUGUAAUAAGAGAAUUUACUGAUGUAAACCUAAAACUGCCUGCUUUCCUUGCAUAUGCUGUAAUAUGGAUGAUUGAAUUGGGAAGAAUGCUGCUAAGCAUACAGCUGAGGUCCAUGUGAUUGACAGACCGAAGCAUGCCCAUCAUAGUCAUCUGUAUGUUAAUCAUCAUUCUGACCCGAUCUGAGGGGUGAGAGCCCUCUCAGUGUAAAUCUACAGCCUCUUGGUCCCGAGCUCCUCCUGGGUUGUCCUACACGUGCUGUGCACACCAUUCUAGGUGCUAUCCUCAAGCUAUGCUUUCCAUAACAGUAGUGCCUGUAUAUUGAGCAACAUAGGGCCAUCAGAUGUCCAAGUGAUAAUUCUAAGUGUGAUGUGCUUGUGUUGUGAGCUUGCAUUGAAUGAAAUUGAUUAAAAUCCUUAAAGCAA